CCAGCUCUUCCGAUGCUUUCAGUAUCAGGAGGACAUGGGGCCACGGGCAUCCCUGAGCCGGCUCCGUGAACUCUGCAACCACUGGCUGCGGCCGGCUCUUCACACCAAGAAUCAGAUCCUGGAGCUGCUGGUGCUGGAGCAGUUCCUGAGUGUGCUGCCCCCACAUCUCCUGAGCCGCCUGCAGGGGCAGCCGCUCAGGGAUGGGGAGGAAGUGGUGCUGCUGCUGGAGGGAGUCCACAAGGAGUCCAGCCAUGUGGGGCCACUGACCCCCAGGGCCCUUCGCUGUGGCCAGAGGAGAAUUCCCGUGAUCAGGAGCUGGCAGCUGUCCUGGAGUCCUUGACCUUUGAGGAUGUCCCAGGAAAUGAAUGGCCAAUGCACCCUCAAGGACUUGGAAGCAGAAUCCCAGACAAGGAGGAAUUGAAACAAGAAGGGCCCAAAGGGGCUGCUGCCUGGCCCACUGCUGUCUUGGCAGAGUCGCAGGCACAUAGUCCUCGGGUGCUGGAAGAGCCUCUUGCUCAGACUCAUGGUCCAGGCUCUGAGGCGAGCAACACUGGUGGAGAAGGGUACCCUCAUGGCAGCAGCGAGGUUCUGGAGGUUAAAGUGGCUGGGGACACCCCCGAGUCAGAGCCAGAGACACAGUUCAUAUGCACCGAGUGCGGAGUGAGCUUCCCACAGCUGGCCCGCCUGAAGGCACACCAGCUGCACUCCCACCCAGGCACGCGCUGCUUCCUGUGCCUGAGCUGCGGGAAGAGUUUCGGCCGCAGCUCCAUCCUCAAGCUGCACAUGCGCACUCACACAGAUGAGCGGCCACACACCUGCCACCUCUGCAGUCGCCGCUUCCGCCAGAGCUCGCACCUGAGCAAGCACCUGCUAACACACUCCUCUGAGCCCGCCUUCCUGUGCGCUGAGUGUGGCCGUGGCUUCCAGCGCCGUGCCAGCCUCGUGCAGCACCUACUGGCCCACACCCAGGACCAGAAGCCAGCCUGCACCCCAGAGAACAAGAUAGAAGUGCCACAGCAGCCAGCCGUAGUCCUGUGCGCCCACUGUGGCCAGACCUUCCAGCGCCGCUCCAGCCUGAAGCGCCACCUGAGGAUCCAUGCCAAGGACAAGGACUGCCAGGGCUCCAGUAGCUCAAGCAGCCUCUGCCCAGACCCCGACAGCCGGCCCUUUGGGUGCGACGACUGUGGCAAGGCCUUCCGGCGCAGCGAGCAUCUGGUGGCACACCGGCGUGUGCACACGGGCGAGCGACCCUUCUCGUGCCAGGCUUGUGGCCGCAGCUUCACCCAGAGCUCUCAGCUAGUCAGCCACCAGCGGGUGCACACGGGUGAGAAGCCCUACGCCUGUCCACAAUGUGGGAAGUGCUUCAUGCGGCGGGCAGGCCUCGCCCGCCACCUGCUGACCCAUGGUGGCCCACGGCCCCACCACUGCACCCAGUGCGGCAAAAGCUUCAGCCAGACGCAGGACCUGGCUCGUCACCAGCGCAGCCACACCGGGGAAAAGCCCUGCCGCUGCAACGAGUGUGGCGAAGGCUUCAGCCAGAGCGCCCAUCUGGCGCGCCACCAGCGCAUCCACACUGGGGAGAAGCCUCACGCCUGUGACACCUGCGGUCAUCGCUUCCGCAACAGCUCCAACCUGGCCCGCCACCGCCGCAGCCACACUGGUGAGCGGCCCUACAGCUGCCCAACGUGUGGUCGCAGCUUUCGGCGCAAUGCCCACCUGCAAAGGCACCUGGCGACCCACGGGCAGCCUGGCCAGGAGCCGGCAGAGCCCGCCCAGGAGUGCCUGGAAUGUGGCAAGAGCUUCAGCCGCAGCUGUAACCUGCUGCGCCACCUGCUGGUGCACACGGGCGCCCGGCCCUACUCCUGUGCGCAGUGUGGCCGCAGCUUCAGCCGCAACUCCCACCUGCUGCGCCACCUGCGAACCCACGCCCGGGAGACUUUGUAUUAGCUUACCCGGUGUU